AUGCAUGUAGCUGCACGCACACUGCACGCACUGUGCCACCAGGCGCUUACCUCGAUACUAGAUAGUCCGCUUGUCACUGGGCUCACGGCCGGCCUCAGAUUUGUGACACAUCCACAAACGCAAAACUGUAUCCAUGCAGAACGCUGACCUGUACUUCUUCAGCCGAAUUCGACGCUAGCAGCCACAAACCACGAUACAACAAAGGGCAUACAACGCCUUUCUGGUUAAUGCGCAGAAACGCAGAAACGCAGAACACAAACCCUGGACAGAUUAGCGAGCGCCAGACAAAAAAAAAUUGCAGGGGUCAACGUUGCCUUGCCGGUAAACACGAGCGUGGGCCGUAGGCGCAGAGAUGGAGGAGGACGACCAACAAGCAACAUGUGGUCAUGAGAGGAGCUUAGAAGACAGUAAAUACAGUUCUAAAGAGUCACCGGGUCAUACGCGAGACGAUGCGCCAGCAAUUGAGAAUUUGCACCAGUACAAUGGCCAAGAUGACGCUCCUCCAUGGGCAAACUACAAGGCCAAGGACGGAUCGAUUGAUGGCUGCAGGUCUGGACACUCUAGAACUUCAAAUGCAGAUUACCGCAGUAAGAUCUUGACGAGAUCCGCACCAUCUCUCAUCCUUCAACAACAGGCAAGACCCCGCACAUCACUUGAUGAUCUACAGACGCGCCACCCGAGACGAUUACCGUCGGAAUGCCGGACGGCCAAUGCAAGCGCAAUCGCUCUACCCUCAUCUCGUUCCUCUUCAAUAGAUCAGCUGUCCAGCCGAAGUCUACGCCAGACUAGCGAGCCCAAGUCUGAGAAACAUUCAACAGUGCAACCAGACCGCGCAGCUCUCCCUAGAGGGGAGCGCGAACAUGGGAGAGCAAGAUUACGAGCGGACUUAGUCUCCGAAGAAGAAGUGAUUAAAAGAGAAGAACCCCAGAAAGUGAAGGACGAAGCUGCAAGGGAGCGAUCACAGCAAUCGCUUUCACCAGAGCGUGAACCAAUCAGGCAGCGACCCGAAGGCGAUACACCGCGACGGCCAGAGCUGAGCAAGCUCUGGAAAGCAGUCUUGAUAGCCUUAGAGUCAAGCGGAAAGCUUCGACAAAACCCAAAGCAGCAAGUGCAGGAGGUGCAACAGGCGACGAACAACAAUGAGGCACAUACCUAUCGCAUGAGUUUGCUCACAUCGGCCGACCGCUUUUCGAAUCUACACCAUGCUAGUGCUGUAACUACACGGCACAUUUGGAGUUCACACAUCAUUUUGUAUGAUAUACUCGAGACACAGCAGCCUAGUGCCUCUGCUCCCCAAAUUCUCUGGCCUGACGCACAUUCGCACUCGGCACCGACAUAUGAGGAAUUCCGGAAUACAUUGCGACGUACUCCAGCUCGGUGUCAUCUCAGAAUGAUCUUUGUAGAAGAUCUAAAUCCUUCAUUAAUUGAUUACCUAGGUGCCGCCUUCCAAAUUCCACCAGGUGUGUUCGAAAAACAUUUGGAUGGCUCUGGCUUUGCAGACGAAUCCUCCGAAGACAAGACGCCAGGGCGAUGGCUGAAUCACUCUUCUAGCCCUGAUUGUUCUUCGUUGACCUGGUUCCGGCCUGUAAUCCCUUUACUUCCCGUGGCUUCAAACUUCCGCAGUCAGCUGCUCCGCGAUCUACGUCCGAAAGUCAAUUGUAUGCUGGAAGGUUGUGGGAAGGUACAUGAGUUGCAAACAACUGCCAACAUCUUGCGUCGCAACGUGACAUUAUGCCCAUGUCCUGGAGCUUAUCUAAAGGGCUCUGACACCGAGUACCCUAUUGCAUGGGAAGAGAGGGUGACAAUCUUCACACGGUGGAUUGACGGCUGUAAAUUUGCUAUUGUGCUACUCGAUCCGCUGCCCUUCACCAGAGUUGGGUGGAGUACCGAUCAAGACCAGCAGAAGGAUGCCGCUCGUUCCAAACUCAAGAUAGUACGCGUCAAUGCUCCGAACACAGAGGAACCUCAGAACCAUAGCAUUGAAGGCUGGGUUGCGCAACAACGGCCGCUCUCUACUGCGGCUGCGCAUCCAAAAUCUGCAAGAUCUUCGCUCGCAUCAAAUGUAAAUGUUGCAGCGGAUGAUCCGCUACCACAUGCUGAUUCACCCAAUACCCACCCCUCCGACUCAGCAAAACGGCCUGCGGGUAUAACAUUUCUAGACUCAUCGGCCGAAGCUAAGACGAGCCGUGCGUAUGUCACGGGUGCUACAGCUGACGCUAUAGGAGUAAUCUCAUCAGCGACAGGACCUCGACAGCGAAAUACAAGAUUUGUUAUCAAACGGAUGUCAAGCCGGAACCGCAAAAGUGGCAUCUCACCGACUCGAGCCACACACAACACAGCAGACAAAAUCGAUAUGGAUCGGGCAAGGAGUAUCCAUUCUUUGGAGUACCGAGCCCAUGAUUAUGACCGGGUAAUUCCAUAUCAUCCUAUCAAAGCUGGAUCCUCAUCUUCCGCGAUGCUCGGCGACACAUUUACCACGCUUGAUAUGCCAGCGUAUAUCGAGCGCCUCCAUAUUCCCUUCUCUGUAAUCGGAGAGUUCCAAGCUGCUUUGCAGCCAACGGGAAAAGGCAAGGAAAAGAUACACGACCCACUCCAGAUACUUUUCAGGAUCAUUCACGAUGAUUGUCAUAAUCUGACCGAUGUCAUACGCGACUCAUUGCAUCGCAUACGCCAAGACACGCUGGAUGAAGAUGUGAUGCAACAGCGGGUUACAUACUGGAGAAAGCUACUUCAUCGCUUCAAUUCCAGUCUUGCAGAGGUCGACCAGCAACUGCGGUCCUUGACACACUUCCAGAAUGACAAGGAACUUUUUUACCUUGGCGGCAAUCAACGGACCGAAUUACCAUCGGAGAGACUCGCAAGGGACACGAGUCAAACCUUGAGGAACUGUCUUAAUCUCGUCGAAAGAUCCUCUACAGCAUUGCUUACCGAGAUGCAGAUAGUUGACAGCCGAAGAAGCAUUGCGGAGGCUGAAAGCGUGUCUAAACUUACCGAGCUAGCAUUCGUCUUCAUCCCGCUGUCCUUCGUUGCAAGCCUUUUCAGUAUGCAAGUCAAAGAACUGAGCGACGGAGUGCCGCUUUACGUCUUCACACUCGCUGCUGUGGCCACUGUCUUUAUAGCUUACACUAUGCGCCUCAGCAUUCGCAGCUCUCGCCUCAUCGAAUAUAAGACCCAGAUCUUGGGUCAAAUCCAUGCUGAAUCGCACGUCCCGCACAAUCAGCCAAUACCGACACGAAUAGUGCUAGCAUGGCUACACACCACGAUCGGCAGGUUUCUAUCCGGAAAAUCUACUAAGGUUUUCGUCAUUGUCUUCCCAGUUGUGCUAGUAGGAGCGCUUAUUGCUACCCUUCUUAGUCCUGUCAUCUUACUCUGGCUACGUGGCAUUGAUAAAGGCUUCACCAUUAUAAUAACCAUACUUGUACUUUCUUCGAACGCCAUACUUCUCAUUCCACUCGCAAAAUUUGGGUACCAAGCGCUUGGUACUAGUCCGAUGAGCAUAAUUCGCGACAUUCGAAGGUGGCGCAGAGAUAGCCAAAAGAGAAGAACUAAGUCAAAGAAACAAAGAAGAUAUCCAGACCCAGAAGCUCAAGCUCGCUCAAGAGAUAGUGGUAGUGGCGAGCGCGUCAGAGAACACGGUCCCAGAUCUUCGGAAAACGACUCGAGCCAUUCCACCAGUGGAACGUAGUAAUUAUUUUCAGUUGUGCCUGGUAAAUAUAUGGGAAUGUAUAAAUCAAUGGACGAUCAGUAGCCCAUUACUCAACGACAAACGUUCCAUAAACAUGCAAAUCAUCCCUCGUCCUCCAUCUUCCUGCUACGAAUAUCUUUUCACCCUCC